AUUUUCUUCUUCCUCCGGCCGGGCCUCCCUCGCCUAGGCGGUGGGGCCGGGAGGGGCAGUGUGUGUUUUUAUCCAAGCAAAUCAGCUUCAAACAAAGAAGAAAAAAAUGGCUUCUGAAUCAGAAACUUUGAACCCCAGCGCUCGGAUCAUGACCUUUUACCCCACCAUGGAAGAGUUCCGGAACUUCAGCCGAUACAUCGCCUACAUUGAAUCUCAAGGAGCCCAUCGGGCUGGGCUAGCCAAGGUCGUUCCUCCCAAAGAGUGGAGACCUCGAACAUCUUACGAUGAUAUCGAUGACCUGGUCAUUCCCGCGCCCAUCCAGCAGCUGGUGACGGGUCAGUCUGGCCUCUUCACUCAGUACAACAUACAGAAGAAAGCCAUGACUGUCCGAGAGUUCCGCAAGAUUGCCAAUAGUGAUAAGUGCUCCUGCAGAAAAGAUAUGGUGAAGAUCUCCAUGGACGUGUUUGUGAGGCGGUUCCAGCCAGAACGCUACAAACUAUGGAAAGCUGGGAAGGACAGCACGGUUAUUGACCACACUCUGCCCACACCGGAAGCAGCCGAAUUUCUGAAGGACAGCGGACUAACCCUGAGAGCUGGGAAUGAGGAGUGCCCGGAGGAGGAUGCAGACGCGGCAGAGCAGGGAGAGGAGGGCGAUAUGAAGAGAAGCCUGGCCAAGCACCGAAUAGGGACAAAGAGACACCGAGUCUGUCUGGAAAUACCACAGGAGGUCAGUCAGAGCGAGCUCUUCCCCAAGGAAGAGCUGAGUUCUGGACAGUAUGAGAUGACAGAGUGCCAGGCCACCCUCGCUCCAGUGAGGCCCACCCACAGCUCCGUGCGGCAAGUUGAGGACAGCCUUCCCUUCCCAGAUUACUCUGACCCCACUGAAGUCAAAUUUGAAGAGCUGAAGAAUGUCAAACUAGAAGAGGAGGAUGAGGAGGAUGAGCCUGAAGCAGCCGCACUGGACCUUUCUGUGAAUCCUGCCUCCGUAGGAGGACGCCUCGUCUUCUCGGGUUCCAAAAAGAAAUCCUCUUCCAGCCUGGGCUCCAGUUCAUCUCAGGAUUCAGUUUCUUCAGAUUCCGAAACCACCGAGUCUGUCUCUUGCCAGGGCCAAGAGAAAACAGGCGUUCUCACCGUGCACAGCUAUGCCAGAGGGGAUGGCGAGGCUGCCACAGGAGAGCCGAGUGUGAAGAAGAAGCGCAGCGCCCCCCGCAGCAUCAGCGAGCAAGAGCUGGCAGAGGUUGCAGAUGAGUACAUGCUUUCCCUGGAGGAGAAUAAGAAGACCAAGGGUCGCCGCCAGCCCCUGAGCAAGCUCCCACGCCACCACCCGCUCGUGUUGCAGGAGUGCGGCAGCGAUGACGAGACUUCUGAACAGCUGACCCCCGAGGAAGAGGCUGAGGAGACAGAGGCUUGGGCCAAGCCUCUGAGCCAGCUGUGGCAGAACCGACCCCCGAACUUUGAGGCCGAAAAGGAAUUCAAUGAGAUCAUGGCCCAACAGGCCCCUCACUGUGCUGUGUGUAUGAUCUUCCAGACCUACCAUCAGGUGGAAUUUGGAAGCUUCAGUCAGAGCUGUGGGAAUGCUUCAGAACCAGCUGCCCAGACUCAGAGGACUAAACCAUUGAUCCCUGAAAUGUGCUUUACUACAACUGGCUGCAGCACAGACAUCAAUCUGUCCACCCCUUACCUAGAGGAGGAUGGCACCAGCAUGCUAGUGUCCUGCAAGAAGUGCAGUGUCCGGGUCCACGCCAGUUGUUAUGGUGUCCCCCCUGCAAAGGCUUCUGAAGAAUGGAUGUGCUCUCGGUGUUCAGCCAAUGCCCUGGAGGAAGACUGCUGUUUAUGCUCAUUGCGUGGAGGGGCCCUGCAGAGAGCAAACGAUGACAGAUGGGUUCAUGUUUCAUGUGCUGUGGCAAUUCUAGAAGCAAGGUUUGUCAACAUUGCUGAAAGAAGUCCAGUGGAUGUGAGCAAAAUCCCUCUGCCCCGCUUCAAACUGAGGUGUGUAUUUUGUAAGAAGCGGAGGAAACGGAACGCUGGCUGUUGUGUGCAGUGCUCUCACGGCCGCUGCCCCACCGCCUUCCAUGUGAGCUGUGCCCAGGCUGCUGGGGUGAUGAUGCAACCCGAUGACUGGCCUUUUGUUGUCUUCAUCACGUGCUUCCGACACAAGAUUCCCAAUCUGGAGCGUGCUAAAGGAGCCCUGCUGAGCAUCACGGCCGGCCAGAAGGUCAUUAGCAAGCAUAAGAAUGGUCGCUUCUACCAGUGCGAAGUGGUCAGACUCACCACCGAGACCUUCUACGAAGUCAACUUUGAUGACGGCUCCUUCAGCGACAACCUUUAUCCUGAGGACAUAGUGAGUCAGGACUGUCUCCAACUCGGGCCUCCUGCUGAAGGCGAAGUGGUUCAAGUCAGAUGGACAGAUGGUCAAGUCUAUGGGGCUAAGUUUGUGGCCUCCCACCCCAUCCAGAUGUACCAGGUGGAGUUUGAGGAUGGCUCGCAGCUGGUGGUUAAGAGAGAUGAUGUGUACACACUGGAUGAAGAGCUUCCCAAGAGAGUCAAGUCUAGACUGUCAGUAGCUUCAGACAUGCGGUUCAAUGAGAUUUUCACGGAGAAGGAAGUAAAGCAAGAAAAGAAAAGGCAACGGGUCAUCAACUCGAGGUACCGGGAGGAUUACAUCGAGCCAGCACUGUACCGGGCCAUCAUGGAGUAGAUAUUUCCAGGAUCUAAGAGGUUCCCAGCCAUCAAGGCGAGAGCACUCUAGGGUUCCACAGCACAGCAGACACUUGGAACUCAGAAGUCUUAGAACUUGAAGCCGUACAAAGAAAAGGAAUGACAUGUCCGACCCAUCACCUUCUCACUUCACCCUCGAUGCUUUCUGCCAUGAAAAGACAAACCAGUUGUGGGCGCUUGGCAGCAGCUGCUCGUCCCCAGCUGAUGGGCUGAUACUGGGAUGCUGAGACUGCAUCAGCCCCCAGUCCAAACGGGUCAGCUGUUCCUGCUGGGAUUGCUCUUUCUUAGCCUAGGACUUGCUUCCUACCGCCCACCUGCACCAGCAAGGCAGAGAGGUGCUGGUGCUUGACCCAAUCAAUCCCCUUUUGUAUUUAUGUACGUGUGUGAGCGUGCACAUGUACAAGUGUGUACCUGUGUGUGAGCGUGUGAAUGUGCGAGUGUGAGUGUACACCUGUGUGUUUGUGUGCUUGAGAAUGUGUGAAUGGGUGUGCAAGUGUGUGUGUGUGUGUGUGUGUGUGUGUACUUGGGCAGGACUAGCUUCUGCCAGCCCCUGGGCUUCACUUUCUUCUUUGCCUCUGCAGGGCAAACAAAAUGUGAAAUUCUGCCCUCAGCCAAGCUGAGUAAGGGCCCUGGGGGAUGGCUAGAGGUGGCUUGCCAUCUGUUCCUUCCUGGUCCCACUUCAAGAGAGUGCUGGCAAAGCUACAGUAUUGAGAUGCUAAGGAGCUGGCUGCCACCUCUGUCCACCCUUGAAGUAGAACUCAGAGGUUAUGUGCUAUGAGCCCACAGACUUCAGGCACUGAAGCCCCUACGGCAGUGUUAGAGGGUGUGGGUGGGGACUACCUUGAAGGGAGAAUUUUAAUGAUGGAAACAGGCAGAGCCUGGUGGGUGAUUUUUGUGCAGGGGAAAAUUGCAGUUAUGCAGGGGCUAUCUAUGGGUUAGGAUGAACUGGGGCCACUGGAG